CUGUGUUGUGCUACUUCCCUUCUCGCAGUGGGUCUGUUUCAGUUACUAGUUAAGUGGGGACACUUCCUGAUAUGCUUGCAACAUUUCUUUCAGAGGAACUGCAGAACUACAGGCACAUAAGGCCACAUCGGCUGCAUGCUCAGUAAAAAGGGUCUGAGACGCGGCAGAACGAUAUUGUCGAGGAAUCUCUGGGUAAUCUCUGAAUUACAAUGUCACUUGCAGAAACAAUCCGGUUUUGGAAUGAGGGAGUGUCUGCAGCAGAUUGCAAAAACUGGACAGCCGCUUUGGAUACUUUCACUUCAAUCCAGAAUCCUUCUUCCAAAAUCUGCUUUAACAUUGGCUGCAUCCACCUGAUGAUGGGAAAUUUGGCUGAGGCACAGCAGGCCUUUACCAGGAGCACUGCCUGCGACAAACACUUAGCAGUGGCCUACUUCCAGCGAGGGACUGUGGCCUACAGGAUGGAAAAUUAUCAGUUGGCACUUAAUGAUUUUAAAGAGGCAUUGGCUCGGCUGCGUGGAAACAGCCUAAUAGAUUACAAGAUCCUGGGCCUGCAGUUUAAGUUGUUUGCUUGUGAGGUGUUAUACAAUAUAGCUCUUGCCCAUGCUAAGUUGGAAGACUGGAAAAAGGCUGAAGAGCAUUUAACCAUGGCGAUGAAACUGAAGACGGAGCCACGGCACUACAAAAUAGACAAGGCCAUGGAAUGCAUCCUGAAGCAGAGACUUUUUGAACCCAUCGCCAUUCCGGACGGGAAGCUGUUUCGGCCCAAUGAAAGACAAGUGGCCCAGUUGGAGAAGAAAGAUUACUUGGGGAAAGCCACGGUUGUGGCCUCUGUGGUUGACAAAGAUGAGUUUUCAGGCUUCGCUCCCCUUCAACCCCAGGCAUCAGAACCACCUCCCAGACCCAAAACACCAGAAAUACUCAGGGCCCUGGAAGGAGCCCCUCACAGAGUUAUGUAUGAAUUUAUACCAGAAACAACAGAAGAGCUUCAAGUCCUUCCUGGAAACAUUGUUUUUGUCUUGAAGAAGGAGAAAGACAACUGGGCCACAGUGGUUUUUAAUGGGAAGCAAGGGAUUGUGCCCUGCAACUAUCUGGAACCGGUGGAACUACAGAACCAGCCUUCUGUCCGGGAGGAAAGCCAUGAAGAAUUGGACAACAUUCCAGCUCCACCUAGUGUUGCUGCUCCAGAACGGCCCAAUAAGCCUUCCCCAGGCAAAAGAAGACGACCACCUGAGGUCAUUAGCGUGGCUAUCCCAACACCAUACGUCAUCAAAGUCCAUUAUAAAUACACAAUAGCUUUGCAAGCCCGUCUGGAUCAAUCUUACAGCAGCCUCCUGGACAAGGUUUGUGAGAAGCUGGAGCUUUCAUCCCAAAACACAAGGCUGAGCUACCGGCCAAGAGACAGCCAGGAGCUGGUGGUUCUGAGCGAGGACACCAUGAAGACAGUGUGGAGCCACGCCCAGGGCUACUGCUUGACACUGUGGUGCAGCAACUAUCCGGCAGACAAAGAUUCCCCAGGGAUGAAAGACGACAAGGAGAUUCAGCAGAAGAUACCAACACAGAUGGAAGCAAACCAGGUUGUAGCACGAUACAGUUAUGAAGCCAGCCAGCCAGAAGACCUUGCAUUCCAGAAGGGAGACAUAAUACUUGUGCUUUCUAAAGUGAAUGACGACUGGUUGGAGGGCCAGUGCAAAGGGAAAGUGGGCAUCUUCCCCAAAGCCUUUAUUGAAGAGCACAGCAGCCGAGAUCUUGAACCUAUUUCUGAAGCAUAAAACAA